AUGUUUUUGCAGCUCAUUCAACAAAGCCACCACCUUGACCUUCCUCAACUCCUUGAAGGCAUUCGUGAUGAGCAUGUGGUGAGACUUGCAGUAGGAGGAGUAACCAAUAUCCUUCUUGAUCGUUCGGCAGAUCGUCGACUUAUGACAGCCCAUGUCAGUGGCAAUCUUGGCGUAGCUCUGGCUUCCAUCAUUGUCAGCCGUCUCCUUGACGGCAGCGACGAACUUGUCGGCCCUAACAGCCAAAGAACGAGCCUUUUGGGCCUUUCAUUUGGCAGUAAACUCAUCCUUCCACUUCCUCCGAAUGUCCAUGACCAUGGCCCUCUUGAACCCAAACCAGGCCAUCACUUCCACAGGCUUCUUCCCGACGCAAAAAGAAGCUACAACCGCUGCUCUGCACUCAUAUUCCAUCCUGGAAAAGGGUGGAGAGAAAAGCACAUCCGAGACAAUUGGAUUGACAAUAUCGAUUGGCAGCAAAUUAAACAGUUCAACAAGAAAAACAAAUCAACUGGAAGUUUUGAAGAUGAAGAAUCGUUUGACACAAGACAGAUCUAUCAGCAGAUGUUUGAAUUGAUGCAACCUGGGGAGACAGUGUUGAAGGCCCUACGGCGACUUGGCGGCAGCAAAGGGAAGCCUGCCUCAUCCAUCGACAGAUGGAAGAACAAAAAGCAGACUAACAAAACUGAUAACAGUGGUGCCAAAUCUGCCACGUCCACAAACACGUUCGACGAUGUGAAAAAACGCGAAGAUAAGGAAAACAUGUUGCGUUUGACUGGCUUUGCUGACAAACUUUUGAAUGCUGGCCAAAUGGAGGUGUACGAGAUGACCUACGAGAAGUUGUACUAUAUUCUAAAGCCAGAGGUUUCAAAAUUUGGCUUGUCUCACGAUAGCUCGAAAUCGACUGCUGCAAAAGAAACUGACGACGCCAUGCUGGAUAUGUUUGCCGAUUCUAUUGAUGAUAAAACGGAGUCUAAUGGAAAGCCAAGGACUAAUGCUGAGCACCGAGAAGGAGAAAGUAGCCAUGAGAAAAAUGGAAAUUUAGCUGAAAGCAGUCUUCAUAGUAACGAAGUGUGCUGGAUGUAUAAAUGGCGAGAUGAUGACACAGAGGUAUAUGGUCCUUACAGCAGUUCACAGAUGUUGCAUUGGACAAACGAGGGCUACUUUCCUGAUGGCAUCUUAGUACGGAAGGCUAAUACUGAAGGACAUUUGGUCAUAUCUAUCACAGUUCCUAUCUAUCUAUUUAUCUUUUAA